AUGGGUCAAAUGAAAAUUUACGAUUUCCCAGGUGGGCCAUACGUGACUCGAGUUCGUAUGGCAUUGGCAGAGAAUAAUCUUCAGUCACUAGUUGAGUAUGUUCUUGUCGAUCUUACUAAAGGGGAACACAAAAAACCUGACUUACUAGCAAAGAACUACUCUGGAACAUUACCAGUCUUGGAAAUCGAACCCGGGUUAUUUCUUAGCGAGUGUACUGCCAUAACAGAGUACCUUGAUAAUCUCGAUGGUAAGCCAAAGCUCACCGGUGUAACCCCCAAAGAAAAAGGGAUCAUUCACAUGAUGAACCAUCGUGCUGAAAUAGAACUCCUCGAUCCCUUUAGUGUUUAUUUUCACAACAGUACGCCUGGGUUGGGACCAGAAGUGGAGAUUUACCAAAACAACGAGUGGGGGCUCCACCAACGUGCUAAGUCGGUAAAGGGAAUGCAUUAUUUCGAUAGUGUACUCCGCAAACAGCCAUUUAUUGCUGGGAAUACCUUUUCAAUGGCCGACAUCACGGUUGUUGGAGGCUUGAUCUUUGGUGCAAUGUUGAAAGUACCAAUACCUGAAGAGUGCGAUGCUCUUAUCGAAUGGUAUGCAAGGAUGCAGACUCGCUCCAGUUUCAUUAAUCGAGUAACCAUGUCAAACUCAUGA